AUGCAGUAUACUACCCAAGUUCCAGUCUUUGUCCAAACCUCUCAUCAAUCCCCUCCAAACUUGCUUGUCCGGCCACGGCCCCGGUUUUGUAUCCUGCGCCCCGGAGGCUUUUGGACGCCUCUGAUUCCCCUUGACGAGUUGCCUUCUUGGUUAGAAAUUUGCAACUGGGCACCUGACGUGUAUAUGGGAAUGUACCCAGCUUCAAUGGCUUUUUUACAACGAGAAGGGGAAUAUGACGUUAUCUGUCAUCACUGCUCUCGCGGUGUGGACUCGCUGCACCAGAGCGUCUCAGAACGAGAAGCAUCUUCUGUUGCCGCCAGUAAUGCUGCCUCAGCCAAAGACUGUCACGAACAAAACGCCUCGUCAAAUUCCCAGCAAAAUGAUGCUGUUUCCUUGCCUACGGUGCUUCAUCAUGGACCUCCAAACCACUUCUUGGAGCAGCCUCCUUUCAGUGCGAUGCUCCAGACCCCUUUUGUUGGAAUGUGUGUGGUCGACAUGAAUUCGCCAUAUCCGGAUAUUUCUCCAGACCCCGCUGGGCUGAAACGACGUAUGAGCAUCGAGAACUCGAUUUCUCCUCAAAUCUUUGGUGCAGUCGGCAUGGGCAGCCCCCCUCUUUCUGUGGCCAACUCGGGGAACGCUCGCAGGGCUGACUCCCCAUAUCCACAUGCACAUGAUGCUGGACCGUUUGCCAAGCCUCAGCGUGUUGCAUCACUGCAAAACGAAAGCAUUGUAUCCAUGCAAAGUGGCAGCGUUGCGUCCACUCGAUCUCUCACGGUUGCUGCUAUCGAGCAAAUGAAGAGGAUGAGAAGAAGAAGGGUCUCUCGCGGUAGCAGUUUGCAUGCAAGCAUCAUUGUUGCAGAAGCAAAUAGUCUGUCUCAGGUCUCAGGCUCAAAGGUUUCAAAGGUUUCUCAGAUUUCCAAAGUUUCGAAGAAUUCUAAGGUUUCUAAGAUUUCCUCCAUCCGUGUUAUGUCAAAGCAUCAUCGAAAGGUUAUACUGCGUCGUCGACGCGCUGAAGAAAGGAAGGCCCACAGAGCACGACAGUCAGCGAUCUCAAUGGAGGCGCUACAGCUGAAGCCAGAGCAACCGAAUUCGGCUACCAAGAGACGCGAUCGACGUGAGCGCAUGAUGCAACGCAGAAAGCAAUCUGAUCGUGGCAAGCAACCCUAUCGAAACAUGAUGCGGAUUCCCAAUUGGAGCCCGGAAAUGUGCAAGCACUGA